AUGGCGGCCUCCAGCAGACGGAAAAAAGAUGGUGGCCCCCAGUGGCGGCGACAGUGGCGCGCCCUGGUGCUGAAGGUGCUGGGUCGCGGCGCCUUCAGCACGGUGCACCUGGUGCGCAAGGUCGGCGGCGUGGACGGCGGGCGCAGCUACGCCCUGAAGGAGCUGCGGAAGGGGCAGUACAGGACCCGGGAGACGCUGUCCAGGUUCCUCCUGAAGGAGCGGCGAGUGCUGGAGGCUGUCGGCGAGGCGCCCUUCCUCCUGCACCUGCACUACGCCUUCCAGAUGGAGGAGGCGGCCUUCUUCGUGGUCGACCACGCGGCGGGAGGCGACCUCACCGCCGUGCUGGAGGACCUGGGGUUCCUGGCGGAGGCCCAGGCCCGCCUGGUGCUGGCCCAGCUCUUCACUGCCCUGGACACCCUCCACUCGCUCGGCGUGAUUCACCGCGACGUGAAGGUCGACAACGUGCUGGUGGACGGCGAGGGCCACGUGGUGCUGGCCGACUACGGGCUGUGCUCGGAGCCGGCGGAGGAAGGCUGCCUCGUCCGCCACACCUUCUGCGGCACGGUGGAAUACAUGGCGCCCGAGGUGCUCCAGAGGACUCCGCCCGGCUACACUGCCGCCGUGGACUUCUGGGGCGCGGGCGUGCUGGGCUUCGAGCUGCUGACGGGGAUCCUGCCCUUCGACCCCAAGAACAAGGGCGACAGGAGGAAGACGAUGCACAAGAUCAUCAACAAGGAGCCGCAGUACCCACCGCGCCUGUCGCCCGAGGUGAAGCUGCACCCAUUCUUCCUGGACCUGGACUGGGAGGAUCUGCCGCCCCCCUUCGCAGGGAGAGAGAGGCCGGAGUGGGCCGCAGAGAGCCCCGAGGACGAGGGUGCCGUAGAGGUCGGAGAGGUUCCGGAGCUCCUGCGAGGAUACCUGUCGGACUUCGACUACACUUCGCCAGUCCACCAGCAGCCCUCGGCCAAACCUCAGCCCCCGUCCAUUCCACUGCCUCCGGCAAGUCAACAGCUCACGUCCAGUCUACGGCCCACGUCUAGUCCACUGCCCAUGUCCAGUCCUCUACCCCCAUCCAGUCCACGGCCCACGUCCAGUCCACUGCCCAUGUCCAGUCUACGGCCCCCAUCCAGUCCACAGUCUGUCCCGUCGGCGACACCAUCAGGAGUUGAGUCAGCUGCUGUGACCCCGGGCAGGACUUGCGAAGAAGACGAGUGUGAGCAAACGAGCAUGAAGAAUGAGAGUCGCCUGAAGCGGGCAUUUGACCUUUCUCAAAGCGCGCGUGAGGACCCCUCGCAAAGAAACUUAUUUCUUGCAACAGUGCGCGACUUGGAAAACAUAAAGGAGCAGUUCGAAGUUGACUGCGUCGCGGUGGAAGCAGCCAUCGGCGAAACAGAUGUGGACGUAGCUGAGCACGCUUCUCGCAUGGAAGCUUUCGAUCAUAAAUACUUCCAAAUCAGGGCCGUUGUAGCCGGCAUAGAGGACUCAAAGGUACAGCCCUCCAGCCAACCACAGUCUCAGAUUCUCAGCUUUGAGGAGCUCUACACGGUCGUGGUCCAAGUGGAGGCCAUACUGAAUUCUAGGCCACUCUGUCCAUUAAGUUCCGAUCCCAAUGAUCUGCGUGCUCUCACCCCAGGACACUUCUUGACCAUGGAGCCGCUGGUGUCGCAUCCUGAACCCGAAUUGGAACAGCGGUCAGACAACAACAGAAGUGGCCAGUAUCUGGACCAACAAGUGUAUCGGUUCUGA